GCAUUUGAGUUUAGUCAGCCAGGUGGCAGCAGGUGCUUUCCCACAAUCCACGGAACUUCCUUUUUUCUGCCAUCUUGGAUUGCUGUGCCACAGUAUAGCCAUCAACAUGGCACUCAGGCCACUAUGCAAGCCCAAGAUCGUCAAGAAGAGGACGAAGAAGUUCAUUCGUCACCAGUCAGACAGAUAUUUGAAAUUGAAGCCAAACUGGAGGAAACCUAAAGGCAUUGACAACAGAGUGCGCCGUAGAUUUAAGGGUCAAUAUUUGAUGCCCAACAUUGGUUAUGGCUCCAACAAGAAAACGAAGCAUAUGAUGCCAGAUGGCUUCAAAAAAUUCUUGGUUCAUAAUGUUGCUGAGCUGGAGGUUCUUAUGAUGCAGAACAAGACAUUUGCAGCAGAGAUUGCCAGCAGUGUAUCAGCCAAGAAACGAAAAAGCAUUGUGGAGCGAGCACAGCAAUUAGCCAUCAAAGUCACCAACCCAAAUGCUCGUUUGAGAUCAGAGGAGAACGAAUAGAAAUACACCUGAUAUAAGACUUCAAAUAAAGUGGACCACAGCUACUUUACAUUUAAAAAAAACUCGGCAAAAUGUGAAUGAAUAAAAAAAAAGUAUACAAGA